AUGAUUGGCAGGCGUAGAAACUGCCUCGUGAACAUCAUUAAGCAGAACGACCUCCCUCAACUCCGUCAAUUUAUCACCUUAUGCUCUCCCAACGAUAUCAUCGCCCCUGGGACACCCUACUUGGAGGACACCUUGUUCAAUGCGGCCUCGUACGGCAGCCCCGAGGCUCUUCAUAUCAUCUUGGAGGUGUACGCUGCGGCCCCAGAGGUUAUUAAGAGGUUCAAUCCCAAGUUCCGUCUGCUACUCGACGCAUGCGGCGCGGCAAAUAUUGACGUGGUACGCUUUAUUUUGGACAUCCAUGAUAGUCCAGAUAAUCGGUUACUGUUCGGGUCGGUAGACUUGCACCAGAGAGAUGACUCCGGAGAUACACCGAUCCUUGCGGCUACGGGGUCGCUGAUGUAUCUUGAUAUAGUCGCCGAUGAAGUAGAGAUUCGGAAUCGGAUUAUGCGGGGUCAUCAGUUGAUUAAUCUCCUUCUCGACCGGGGCUGUUUAGCGACAGAUGUUAUUCCGCCUUUGCCAAAUGAUCUCUCCCCCUGCGGAAGUCAGGUACAAGACAGUGUGCUUGGGCUUGCUGUGUCAAGGGCCAAUGGUCGAUUAAUUCAACGGCUCAUUGAUUCCGGUGCCGAUAUCUACCUUAAGCAUCAACACUUCCAUCAUGCUAGGGUGCCGUUGCAGUCUAGAUUCGCUAAGGGUCGGGGUCACGCGUAUGAUGUCACGGCGCUUCAUCUAGCAAGCUUAUUCUACAACGCUGAUGCUGUUAAAUUGCUUUUGGACCAUCAAAAUUAUAACAACAAUGCCAACCCUGAGCUGAUUUCCUCCUGUGACAGUGAUGGGCGACUCCCACUGCAUUGGGCAGCUAGUGGCCCUGGGGGAUUUCAUUGUAGAUUCCUGAAUGAGCAGCCCAGAAUCACAGGGACUCUUCGACUACUCCUCGACCAUGAUUGUACUGAUAUCAACCUUGUUGACAGCACUGGGUCCACGCCGCUACACUAUGCUGCUAUGUGCGCUUAUAGCCAACACACUGAGGUUGUUAUCCGCACUUUACUCGAAUACAGGGCUGACCCUCGUAUCCCCGAUGGCUCCGGAUGUACCAUCCUACAUAUUUUAGGGUACCACUCCCAUCAAGGUGACCCGGUUAAAACUAUGCUGCUGGGUUUAAUCCUAUCACACGGUGCCGAUAUAAAUCAUGCCGAGAAUAACGGGAAAACGGCAUUGCACGUCUUUGCUCAGAAUUUGCGGCAGGUCUCAGCGGCAAAGUUCUUAAUUGAGAAUGGGGCGAAUUUCCGGGCUCGGAAUAGUCUCCGGGAGACGCCCUUUCAUACGGCAGCGCGGGGGUUUUUGAAUGAUCAUAUACGCCGUGAUGGGAAAGAUGACGAAGUGACAACUACGAACAAGAUCAGACUUCAGGAUGAGAUAAUGCGUGCUCUGAAGGAGGCUGCCGGGGAGGAUAGUAUUAUGUUGAUGAGCCAACCAAAUGCAGAGAGCAAAACCCCGCAGGACUUACUGGAGGAGACCAGAAAUCGGUGGCAGAGAAUGGAGCAGCCCAUACUAGGCCCUGGAAGAGGUAGAGGUAGAGGGCAACCAGUAAGGGUAUAA